CGCUGGCCAAACGCCACCAGGCGCGAGCAGGAGAAGGUUGAAAGCUCUCCUUCGACAUCUGGUCCACGUAGCGGCAAGGGUUCGCUCUCUCGCUGCACCACAGCACCAGGCGGUAGAGGCCUCCACAACCGGCAGGCUACUAGCAACAGUCAGAAGACUCGUUUUAGGUGUCAGAGAUGUCGUUCCGGUUCCCUCGAUGGGGACGAAAGAAGAGCAAAAGCAAAGAGCCCGUCGGGGGCAACAAGUACUACCCUAACGGUGCAAACGGGGCCGGCGGUGUUCCGCGUGGUCCUCCGUCCGCACCGGGACGCACCUACAGCAAUGGCUCGGACUAUCAGUCGCAGCAGUCGUGGCAAGCCAACGGCACAAUGCCGCCGGCGCCCGCCUCGGCCGACUACCAAAACUCUGGCCAGCGCGCGGCAGCUCCGUCCGCGAACCGAGGGGCGGCGCUCCCUUUCUCUCACCCACUGUACGCCAUGGACGCCGAGGGUAUGAUCCACCUCAAGGCUACGGGCAAGGGACUGGAUGACUCCGAUCUGGCCGUACACCAGGACGAGAUUAUCAACACUGUCGUCAAGUACGUGCAGGACUCGAUGCGUAAGGAACUGGGCUUCCGCGAGGUCUUCAUCCCAGCCAGCAGCACCCCCGAGGCGCCAGUAAAGGCGAAUGUGUUCGUGUCUCGCAACUACGAGACGUGUAAGAAGCUUCUGGUCUUUGUGGCCGUCAGUCGAGGCCUGUAUCCUGGUCUCUGGAGUCGCGGACUGGUACUCCAUGCUGGUGUCAAGAGCGGAAGUAUGCUCGAGUACUUCCGCAAGGCUAUUGACGAAGGCUACGGUAUCAUUGUGGCCAAUCCCAACAAGAACGUCAUCGUGAUGCGUGACGGCAAGCAAAGACUGCAAAUUCCCGGAUCUUCCAGUCCGGAGGAACACAUGGACUCACUAUGGGACUCGUACGUCGCGAGAUCUGCGGCCAGACGCGUGUAUUUCCUCGGAUACUCGUACGGCGGUGUGCUCAUCAAGUAUCUUCUCCAGUCUCGGGGCGACCAGCUGAUGCGUCGUAAUGGAGCCAUUGCACUCAUCGAGUCGAGUCACCGUAUCGAAGACGGCGACUCGCAGUCCGUCAAGUCCAUCCUGGCACACCGUACGAUGUACUGGGAGAGCAACGAUCAACUGUUCCAGACGAAACUGGACGGUGACGCACCCCAUCGUACCGGUUGUACCUGUUUGUCGGCCGGGAGACCGCCGCGUGCCCACGCGAACCAUUACUACGUGACUGCCUUCUGCAUCAACAAGAUCCAGGACGCGUUGUUCCGGUUUUUGGACACACGCGACGCUACCACGUACGUGGCUGGAGAGAAACCUGUGCCGGAACCGCCUGCAUCGGCACCGGCAGUGGUCGUCAACGGUGCCGGUCCGGCCGCGCCUCAAUUGGUACGGCAAGAGUCGACGCGACGUGAAGCCAACAACUCGAAGAUGGGCAACAGUGAGAAGCACUGCAACUUGUGUCUGUUCCACUUCACGCUGUUCGACCGUCGCCAUCAUUGCCGCAUGUGUCACCGCGCUGUCUGCAACGCCUGCUCGCGUGACCGUCUCUUCUUGCCGGGAUCCAGUACGGCCCAACGUGUGUGUACGGAGUGUGCCACGGAAGGCCCGCGUACCAACAACCAGGCCCCACCGCAGCCGGUUCCGAGCUACCCGCGCAUGAACCGCACUGCCAGCGACGCUGUGGCCACCACGAACUCCUCGAUGGAUAUGUCACAAGCUCGUAAUCGGUCGGACACGCAGAUGUCCAACCAGGGACGAUCCGAGUCGAACGCUCAAGCUCCUCAAAACUCCAAACUCAGUGUCGAAGACUUCGAUCUGCUCAAGGUUAUCGGUAAAGGCGCGUUCGGUAAGGUUAUGCUGGUGCGCAAGAAGGUGCCGGAUGGAACGUCGAACCCCAACGCCAUCUACGCCAUGAAGGUGCUGAAGAAGGCGUCGGUGUUUGCGAAGAACCAGGUGGAGCACACCAAGUCGGAGCGUCGUAUCCUGCGUGACAUUGAUCACCCGUUCGUGGUGCGGCUGCGGUAUGCGUUCCAGAACGAAGACAAGUUGUACCUGGUCAUGGACUACUACAACGGUGGCUCGCUGUUCUUCCACUUGCGGAAGUCGCGCAAGUUCUCGGAGAAACGCGCUCGCUUCUACGCGGCGCAGCUGCUCAUGUCGAUGUCGCACUUGCACGAGCUCAACAUCGCGUACCGUGACUUGAAGCUGGAGAAUAUUCUGAUGGACGACAAGGGUUUCAUUGCUCUGACGGACUUUGGUCUGUCCAAGGAAAACGUGGACAUGCCCGAUGGAGCCAAGACCUUUUGUGGUACGGCCGAAUACAUUGCGCCUGAACUACUCAAGGGUCUGCCGUACGGUAAGGCUGUGGACUGGUGGGGCUUCGGUACCUUGCUGUAUGAAAUGAUGACUGGCCAGACGCCGUUUUUCGACCGGAACCGGAAGCGCAUGUUCCACAAUAUUCUACACCGGGACGUCGUAUUUACCCAGGCCUUCUCGGAGGACGCCAAGGAUCUGCUGACUGGUCUGCUACGCAGAGACCCGGCCAAGCGAUUAGGCUCAGGCCCGUCGGGUGUGCAGGAGAUUAUGGACCACCCGUUCUUCGCUAGCAUCGACUUUGAUAAGCUGCUGAAACGUGAGGUGGAGCCACCAUUCAAGCCUGUGGUGAGCAGCGAGGCCGACACAGGCAACGUUGCCAACAUCUUCACGCGCGAAAUGGCCCGCGAUUCGCCCGUGACGCAGGAGCUAGGAGCGACGCAUCGUGCGCAGGCUCACUUUGAUGGGUUCACGUACAUGCCCGGCAACGAGCACUUGAACUAAUCGAAGAAGAGUGGAAGGAGGGUCAAAAGAUUGUUAGACGACUACCCGUUCCCACGACAGACGAAGUCAAAGAGCAAGAGCACACUGCGAGGGGGGAAAGCUGUCAAAGUCGAGGGAGUAGCGAGGUCGAGUUGGCCGAGCAUGCAGCUUCGUUGGAAAACUCCAUUUGCAGUGAGUGGGUGAGGGAGGCGACACGAGCGAGAGAGCCGUGUCGGUGUGUGUUGUGUAAGAGAAGAAGAAGAGGGACAAGGAGCAAGACGAGCGAGCUGGAGAGAGGAUACACGACCCGCUCACGGGUCUUGGGGGAAAGAGGUGUCGUGUUUCCUUCUGCCAGCGAACUCGCCAUUUUAGUUUUAGCUUUGCCAGUGGCGCAAGAUGAAAAAAGAGAAAAUGAAUAUCCAUACUAACGUACUGUUU